GCCUUCGCUCGGUGUUGUCUUAUCGUUGGAUCUCCACCAUGGAUAUUGAGUUCAGUAUCAGUGGUGUGAUCUACAAAAUCAAUGCUCAAACCGUGCCAAUCGAGACAACCUUGAUCACAUUCAUUCGUGAUUAUGCUCAGCUCAAAGGAACCAAAUUUAUGUGCCUCGAGGGUGGUUGUGGAGCAUGUGUCGUAAAUCUCACAGAAGUGAAUCCGGUGACAAAUGAAAUCAUCACAAAAUCAGUGAAUUCGUGUCUGCUUCCAGUAUACGCUUGUCAUGGCCGAGAUAUUCUGACAGGAGAAGGAAUCGGUUGUAAAAAGUCUGGAUAUCACCCUGUCCAAAAACGUUUGGCAGCAUUCAAUGGAUCUCAAUGUGGGUUCUGUUCUACUGGUAUGGUAAUGUCCAUGUAUAGUAUGCUGGAGGCCAAUAAAGGUUCAGUUACCAUGCAAGAGGUGGAAAAUGCUCUCGACGGAAACAUUUGCCGAUGCACCGGUUAUCGUCCGAUCUUGGACGCAUUUAAAUCGUUCGCCACAGACGUCGGUGAAAAUGUGAAACGUUUGUGUACGGACAUUGAGGAGCUGAGCGUUGAUGAUUGCCUGGGAAAGGCUUGUAACACCGUAUGCUCCAAUGCAUCCAAAGUAAACAUGGAUCCAAAACAGAUUCUUCAUAUACCGUGCAAAAGCAACAAAGUUUGGUACAAGGUUUCGACAGUUAAUCAAGUAUUCGAAAUAUUUAAUUCGAUCAAAUCACGUCCUUACAUGCUUGUGGCCGGAAAUACCGCUCAUGGAGUCUACAGACAAAACGGACAUCUGGAAGUGUUCAUCGAUAUCAAUUCGGUCGAUGAACUCCAUCGACGAUCGAUUGGACCGGAGCUUGUCGUUGGAGGCAAUGUGACAAUACAUGAUUGUAUAACUUUUUUGGAAAAUGUCUCGAGAGAAAGUAUCAACUUUCAAUAUUUGAAAAAUUUCACCGAACACUUGAGACUCGUAGCAAAUCAACCGGUUAGGAACAUUGGAACUCUUGCAGGGAAUCUGAUGAUCAAGCAUCAGCAUCCAGAAUUUCUAUCGGAUAUUUUUCUGCUCCUGGAGACUGUUGAAGCCAAAGUGGAAAUAGCUUCGGAGAAUACCAACGAGACAGUUUCUCCUCAACAUUUCCUCAAAAUGAAUAUGAACAAGAAAAUGCUGCGCAAAAUGAUUCUGCCAGCGAUGCCGCCUCAAAGCACGUUUUUCAGAUUAUAUAAAAUAAUGCCGGUCGCACAAAAUUCUCAAGCACAUGUAAAUGCCGGAUUCCUGCUUCAAUUUUCCAGGUCUAGAACUAUAUUGGAAAUAUGCUUUGGUGGGAUCAAUCCUUCGUUUACUCACGCUUCUAGAACGGAAAACUAUCUUGUAGGAAAAUCACCUUUCUCCAACGAAGUGCUGCACGAAGCUUUAGAAACACUUUUGUCAGAACUUCAACCGGAUAACGCUCUUCAAGAGCCCUCACCUUUAUACCGUAAAAAGUUGGCAGCAUCUCUCCUGUACAAAUUUCUGCUCAACAUAGCUCCAAAACAGGAGAUUACACUAAAUCUAAAGUACCAAUCAGGAGGAUUUGCCUUGGAUCGAGCACUUUCCAGUGGCAAGCUGGGUUACGAUACCUACCCUACGAAAUGGCCGCUUACACAGAACAUUGCUAAGGUAGAAGGAUUGCUGCAGACAUCCGGUGAGGCGGAAUAUAUCAACGAUAUGCCGAAGAGACCCAACGAGCUGUAUGCUGCUUUUGUUCUGGCUACCCAGAUUCGUAGUCGAAUUACAAUUAUUGAUGCCACCGAAGCUUUGAAAACCAAAGGAGUGAUAGCAUUCUAUUCUGCAAAGAACAUACCCGGUAUCAACAACUUCAUGCCAAUUGAUCUCGGAACACCGAACGUGGAGGAAAUAUUCUGUAGCGGAGAGGUUACAUACCAUGGGCAACCAGUUGGAGUCAUCAUUGCAGAGUCCUUUGAAAUCGCGAACCAAGCUACAAAGUUAGUCAAAAUUUGUUACGAAUGCAUAUCUUUGGAAUCAGUUUUUACCAAUGCGAAGGAUGUAGUGACAAAUGGAAUCUCUGAUCGUAUCACCAACCAAGGAUUUGAUCGAUACGGAUCACAGUUCAGCACAGCUGCCGAGGGACCCAUCAAAAUUCAAGGGCAUCUCGAUCUACGCGGUCAGUACCAUUAUACCUUGGAAACGCAGACGUGUUUCUGUGUCCCAACAGAAGACGGCAUGGAAGUUUAUAGUGCUACGCAACAUCCAAACAUUGUUCAUGCAGCUCUACAUCAAGCUCUGAAUGUGCCACAAAAUAGUAUCCACUUGAUUGUGAAACGUGUUGGCGGAGCUUAUGGAGCAAAGUCUUCUCGACCAUCUCUGGUGGCUUGUGCGUGUGCGAUUGCAGCCCUUCUGACCAGAAGACCCGUUCGAAUGGUUCUUCCCAUGGAGACCAAUAUGUCUGCGAUCGGAAAAAGAAUUGGUUCUUACAGCGAGUAUGAAGUCUAUGUGGAUAAGUCUGGGAAGAUCAAUAAAUUAAACCAUAAGUUUACUCAUGACGGAGGUAUCAUAUACAACGAGCUGUUAGCGUAUCUUACUACCGACAUGUUCAGGAGCGCCUACGUUACCGAUCGCACCGAUACGCCAACCAAUACGUGGUGUCGUUGUCCUGGAUCAUCCGAGGGUAUUGCCAUGAUUGAAAACAUUAUGGAACAUAUUGCUCAUAUGACAGGUAAAGACCCUAUUGAAGUGCGACUCCAAAACAUGACUAAAGAUUCAAAACUACGACAAAUGCUUCCCAGCUUCCGAAAGGAUAUAGACUUCGACGAACGGAAAAAGGCUGUGGACAAGUUCAAUAUCCAAAACCGGUGGCACAAACGAGGGAUAGCCAUCAUUUGUAUGGAAUAUCCGAUGGAGUACUCAGGCACUAUGAAUGCUUUGGUAUCGAUUUUUCACACCGAUGGCACGAUUGGGAUAACUCAUUCGGGUGUUGAGAUGGGUCAGGGCAUCAAUACAAAAGUGAUACAGGUGGCUGCGAGGACCUUGGGGUUGCCGAUUGACAUGAUUUCCGUGAAACCCACUUCUAGUGUGACCUCUCCCAACUGUACGGCAACUGUUCAUAGUCGAGGCAGCGAAACUGUGGCAUAUGCCGUUCAACGAUGCUGCGAAAUGUUGAUGGAACGCUUGCGGCCAUACCGUGAACAAAAUCCUCAGGGUUCGUGGCAAGACGUCUUAAACCAAGCCUUUUUGGCAAACGUCGAUCUAACGGCUCUCUACGGCUAUGCUCCGUUCGAUCUUGAAGGCUACGUCAUAUUUGCUACGGCCUGUGCCGAAGUUGAAGUAGAUAUCCUAACAGGACAUUUGCAAGUCUCAAGAGUUGAUAUUCUCCAAGACGUCGGAGAAAGUAUGAGUCCCGGAAUCGAUAUCGGUCAGGUUGAAGGUUCAUUCAUCAUGGGACUCGGUUAUUAUUUGACCGAGGCGUUAAUCUACGAUCCUUCGAGUGGAGCCUUGGUGAACAACCGUUCCUGGAACUAUAAGGUACCGGGAACGAAGGAUAUCCCUGUCGAUUUCAGAAUAAAGUUUUUGAAGAACAGCUCAAAUAAGGCCGGUGUUUUGGGUUCUAAAGCCACGGGUGAACCAUCGUUCUGUAUGAGCCCUGUACUCACUUAUGCCCUCCGAUAUGCACUGAGAUCAGCAAGGAAAGAUGCUGGGUUGCCCGAUGAAUGGAUUCCCAUUGGAACUGGAACAACUUCCGAAAAAAUAUUUUUGAUGGCUGGAAAUAGUAUAGCUGAUUACAAAUUCUACUGAAGAGAUGCAAUGGUAUUGAUAGAACAUGCAAAUAUAAACUUCUUAUCAUACAUUCACAUUGAUUCAAAGGCGACUAUCCAAGAUCGUUCCCGGGCUGGCCAGAGCCUCUUUACGUUCCUGGAUGGCAUUGCAUAAUUUUCUGUACGGCCCUAGUGGAAGACCCAGUGACUUGAUGUCACUUUCCGUGAGGAGCAUCAGUGUUUCCAUAUCUAUUUCGUUCUUUUGGAAUCUGUAAAAAAUAAAACAACCAAUAAAAAAUCAUACAAUCUAAGCCCUAAAAACCGUUCCAAAAGUCUUACGUCGGAUAGUAAUCUUCGAGCUUGAAGGCUGCCAGGAAUCGCAACACCGCCAGCGAUUCGUUUUCCUCGUUGUCUGAACUGUCCUCGUCCGUGUCCGAGUCCGAUAUGACCAGCUGAGAUCGGGGUUUAAUGGGUCCGUUUUUGGGUAGAGGUUUUCCGGACCGACCACCACCGUCCGAUGAUUCGUUUGCUGACUGGUCGUUGUUGCCCAGCUGGGCAAGUACCGUCGAAACGGAUCGACUGGAAUACAAAGAAAAAUU